AAGGCGGCUCUUUUGGCAUGAAUAACUCGUUGGACUAUGGAUAUGGUUAUUUUCCUCAAGAGCCCUUAAAUUAUAACAUGCCAUAUAAUGCAAGUUAUAAUAAUGAUCCUAACUUCAACACAAGCUUUCCGCAAAGUUCUAGCUUUGAGGAGGCAUACACUGAGAGUCAACCUCCAAUGUUCAGCAGGGGAUAUUCUGCACCGCAUCAACCACCUGAACAAACUCCGCGAAGAGUGGAAACAAAUAUUUCGCCGAAGAGUUCGUUAUCGUCCGGUUUAGCAAGCGCCUUUGGAGAUUUGACUAAACUUGUAAAAAAUGACGAUGACGCAUCUGUUGCUCUUCAAGUUUCAAAUGCAUUGACUCAAGCAUUGCUGCAAUACAGAAUGGAUGAUAUUAAUAGGCUGGAAUCGGACUAAAGAUAGCAUGCAGAUACAGAUGUUUGUGGCAUGUAGUGGAAACGCACAUUUGACAUUUCUCUGGACAUUGUAAACCGAAGAAAGAUUUGUUGCUAUUUUUAGUUAUUUAAAGAUACAUUCACAAACAAGCGCUAACUUUGUUGUUUAGAGUUUAAACAUAUAUUAAAUGAUAUAUGUGAAGAUUGUAAGUCAUAAUGGAAAUAAUAUG